AUGGAGGAGUGCUCUCCAAUUAAUCUAUUUACAUAUAUGUCAUUAUCAUCAAUAAGGAAAUAUUCUAUAUUCCUAUAUUCUAACAUUAAAUGGCUUGAUUCUAAAGAAGAAGGUUCGGUGCUAUAUGUUUGCCUUGGAAGUAUAUGCGAUCUUCCUCUCUCUCAGCUCAAAGAGAUUGGGCUAGGCUUUGAGGAAUCCCAAAGACCAUUCAUUUGGGUCAUAAGGGGUUGGGAGGAGAAUAACGAGUUAGUUGAGUGGAUCUCAAAGAGCGGUUUCAAAGAAAGAAUCAAAGAGAGAGGUCUUCUCAUAAGAGGAUGGUCGCCUCAAAUGCUUAUCCUUUCACAUCCAGCCGUUGGAGGAUUCUUGACACAUUGUGGAUGGAACUCGACUCUAGAAAGAAUCACCUCGGGCGUUCCACUGCUCACAUGGCUGUUGUUUGGAGAUCAAUUCUGCAACGAGAAAUUGGUCGUGCAGGUUUUAAAAGCGGGUGUAAGUGUUGGUGUUGAAGAGGUCAUGAAAUUUGGAGAAGAGGAGAAAAUAGGAGUGUUAGUGGAUAAAGAAGGUGUGAAGAAGGUAGUGGAAGGAUUGAUGAGUGAUAGUGACGAUGCAGCAAAAGGGAGAAGAAGAAGAGCCAAAGAGAUUGGAGAAUCAGCUCACAAAGCUGUGGAGGAAGGAGGCUCUUCUCAUGCUAACAUCUCAUUCCUCUUACAAGACAUAAUGCAACACGUGAAAUCCAAUCCAAGAAUUGAUUACAUCAUACUAUAUAGUAACGAAUUUCAUGCAAUACUUUAG